AUGAAGGUCAAGACUUGCUACAUCCCUCUCUUUCUAUCUCCUGGUGUCAAGGAGAACCAUAUUGAGGGUUUUGCAUCAGAGGUUGCUUGGGUUACAAAAUUUGGUAAAUCUGACUUGGAAAUCCCACUUGCUAUUCGUCCAUCCAGUGAGACGGAAGGGUAUACUGCUUUCGCCACUAAAAAAGAAGCAGAUGAUGAGGCUUUCAUUCCAAACACGGGUCGUGGUGUAGUAGGUGCAACCGCUCAUUGUUUGGGAACAAACUUUGCGGAGAUGUCUAGGAUCAAUUAUGAGGACGAGAAAGAGGAUAAGAAGAAUGAGAAAAGAAAGACAAAAAUGGUGUGGCAGAAUUCUUGGUCCUACUGUACCUGCAGGACGAUUGGAGUGAUGAUCAUGACUCAUGGAGAUGACAAAGGCCUGGUACAUCCUCCUAAAGUCGCUUCUGUGCAAGUUGUUGUAGUCCCCGUACCCAACGACUAUGCUAAUAAUACCCAAAGAAUUUAUGAUGCUUGUACUGCGACCGUAUCUGCCUUGUGUGAAGCCGGUAUCCGUGCUAAAGAAGAUUUAAAAGACAACUACUCUCCUGAAUGGAAGUAUUUCAAACUGGGAAACAAAGGGUGUCCCUCUUAG